AUGAUUUACGUUACACUGGAAUCAGAACGUUUCAUACGAAAUCAGCAUGAAUCGCUUAUACUACAAAAAGAGACACCGAUUUCAUCGCAAAUUUUACUAACUCUAGAUUCUAAUGCAAAUGACGCACUACUGGAUCUGGCAACUAAUGAAAAAUUAAAACUAUCAGAUCUAUCGACAUCACAGAAUUUUGUUCAGACGAAUCGAUUAAAGCGUCAAAUAUCUGAAAAUAGUGACUGCAGAACCAGGCAUGACGAGUGCAAAAUUAUCUUAGAUAAUAUCAGGGGUAUAACUAAUUCAAUGCAAGAGAAAUUAGAUCGACUAUAUAGUACUUUGGUUAAUCAGGGCAUUCUCAAAGAAAGCGAUCCAAAAGAGGCCAAAUUUCGUAAAAUUAUUGAAUGUCUUCAGUGCAGAAAUACUAUUAAUCACAAGAACGAUGAAUACAGGGACAACGAUUCACUUUAUUCUGAUUCUAAUAGGAAUGUUAAUGAUCGAAUCAGUGACGUAUUACCCUUUUUUGAAGAUAACAUUUACGAUAAUAACGAUCUUAAUAAUAAUAAUAAUAAUAAUAAUGAUAAUAACAACAACGAAGAAUACUGUGAUGUAAGCACUGAAAAGGUGCCAGCGACCUCAAUACCUCAUCAAGGCAUUCUAAAAUCUAGUUCUCGAAUCAAUACAUUUCCUCAAGGUACUAUGAAUUAUAACAAAGAACAGCCACCACAAGUACCCUGUGAAGAGUCUCGAAUGACCCAUAACGUGGAUGCAACACCGAUCAUUCUGCCAACUGCAGAGAGAACACAAACGAGUCAACGGAUUCAGUUUACGCCACAAAAUAGUUUACCGUAUAUUCCCGUCUGCUUUUACGGACCCCCAUCAUCUUUGAAUUCAUAUGAACUGAAACAAAAUCCUGGGGCUUCAUUAUUUACACCUUAUACUUUAACACAAAUUCCAAAUGAACAUUUUUCACAACAGGGGCAACAAAAUUUACCUUAUUACUGCACUUAUAUUCUAAUACCAUCGAAUUAUCAACAACAAAUUCCGCUUACACCAAACUGGAAUACUUUCCAAUUUUCUGAUAGAGCCAGAGAAAGUGAAACGGCAACACAGGAGGUUACUCUAAAUGAAGAUCUAGUUGAGCAAUCUCAAGAACAAAACAACACUGUUUCUGGUCAAUGCAAUGGUUUCACAUGCAAUCCACCGUACACGAAGUGCUUAGAGUUAAAUCAGCGCUGCGAUGGUCGAGUUGACUGUAUGGGAGCAGAAGACGAAAUUGGUUGCCCCAAUAACGGCUAUUACACUCGUUUUCAUAAUUCGAAAGCCGAAUUAUCAAAGAUAAAUACGGAAACUCGAACAAUGUCCACAAUAUCAACCUUCGAAGAGGAUCGGAAACAAACAACGAUGUCUAACUUUGAGGAGGAGCGAAGACAAUCCACAAUGUCGAAGUUCGAGGAAGAACAAAUGCGUAACUCUUCCAGUAGCUCAGCUUCAGGGCAAAAACAGCAAAGUAAUACAACAUCCAAUGUAACUGAAAUAGGCGAAGAUUUUGGCAAAACUCCAGCCCCUAAAGGAAGAAAUGAGCGUACAACUAAAAAUGUAGAACAAACUACAAUGAUUCCGAGUAAUCCGCCGGUUAAUUUAGUUACAGAACGAUCGUUCGAACCGGAAUCCACGACUAUAGCUUUGGCCGUACCACAUUUACCGCAUCAAUUCAUUUGUAAAAGAAUUAUGCAAACUAUUCCACUUGCAAAACGAUGUGACAAAGUAUUUGAUUGUGAGGAUACAUCAGAUGAAGAGAAUUGUAAAUGUAAAGAUUACCUUCGAAUACGCUAUCCAUCUGCAAUUUGUGAUGGUCAAGUUGAUUGUCCGGACUCAAGCGAUGAAGAGGAAUGCGAGUUGUGCAGGGAAAAUGAAUAUCAUUGCUAUAAGAGUGGAGGUUGUAUUGCAAAACACAAAAGAUGUGAUCAAUCAAUGGAUUGUAAGUUGAACGAAGAUGAAUUAGAUUGCUUUGCCUUGACCGACGGUUAUCAAGUAAAUUUGGACUUGGACAAAAGACCUCAUUUGAGUCUUGAGGGAGUUUUGACACGUUAUGAUAAUGGCGUUUGGCGUCCGUCCUGCUUCAAAUCCGAAUUUCGUAAUGAAACAAAGCGAAUAGGAGCCGGACAAAAGAUAUGCGAGUAUCUUGGAUUUAAAAAUGUCGAGGUAGCUGAGGAAAUUUUGGUUCAACCAUCAAAACUCAUUAAAACGGUACAACCAAAUGAAUUUCCAGUAAAUAAAGAUCGUUCAUCAAAUUAUAAAUCUUCGAAAAGGGAAAUUAAUAGCACAUGCCAUGGUCUUCAUAUUCGUUGUAAACCUAUUUUAGACAGAAAGUUAAAUGUCCAUCUUAAAAUUGAUCCAAAAUCAAAGGAACGAAACUAUAUAUGGCCAUGGGAGGCUGCUAUUUUUGUCGACGGACAUUACUAUUGCUCGGCCGUAUUACUAGAGAAUAAUUUACUUCUCGGUAGUUCUAAAUGCAGCGAGGAUAUCGACUUAGAUAAAAACUACACUGCAGCUUUAUUUGGAGUGUCAGGAUCAAAAUUCCAUCAUAAAAGUGCAUAUGAACAAUUGUUACAAAUUAUAAAUAUUAAAUCACUACAUCAUUCGGACGCCUCAUUAUUUAGAUUAAAGGAUAAUAUAAAUAUGACACGUUACGUACAACCGCUUUAUUUAGAAAAAAGUGGAUAUGUAGUUUGUUUAAGUUUCGGUGGUUGGUACCCAGCUGCCGUUUUCAAAAACAAGAAUGAAAAUUGCGGAUUUGUUACCAAACAAGUUCUCAACAGUAUUGACUACAUACAUGCUCAUUUAUCUCAGGCUAUUGAUGAAGUAGUUAAACCAUUUACGGAACCGUAUUGCGAUGGCAUACGAUGCCCUCUUGGUCAGUGUGUGCCAUGGGAAAAAGUAUGUGAUGGAAUUCCUGACUGUAGAGAGGGAGUUGACGAAAAUCGUGAACAAUGUCAAAAAAUGGAGGAAAGAUGUAAAAAUGGCAUUUCUGAGUGUAAAUGCAGCAAAGCGGAACUUAGUUGUGGAAAUGGCAAAUGUAUUUCAAAGGAAAUGUUUUGCGAUGGAAAAGUAGACUGUCCCAAUGGAGUAGACGAGCCAUCAACUUGCAAUUGUGGAGAAUACUUGAAAUUAACCGCACCAAAACGCUUUUGUGACGGUCGACGCCACUGUUUGGACAAGUCAGAUGAAAACUAUCAGCAGUGUAUGUGCAAGGAUUCCAGCUUCAAGUGUGAAAAAAGUAUGUACAAUGAUACAACAGCAUGCAUUCCUCAAGACUUUGUUUGCGAUGGAGAAGUUGAUUGUCCUAACGGAGAAGAUGAAUCCGAAGAAGUUUGCUGGACACUUAAAUCGGACAGAAGUGAUUCAAGAGGAAAAGGCGAAGUAAUGCGAAGAUCAUUCGGUGUAUUGCAGUCGGAAUGUUUUCCGCGACCCAUAGAUUCUCAAAGAGAAGUAACAAAUGCGUGCACAAAAUUAGGAUAUAGGUCAGGUAUUCUUGUCGACGGAUCGAGACUCUCAGAAUCACAGUUUGUACCUCGCAAUGAUUUUUACAUGUUCCAAUUGAAUAAUAACAUGUGGAUAAUUAUGCGGAACGACGUGUCUUUCGGAUUCUGGAAGAAACCCGAGAGUAGUUGUUAUAGACUUUUUGUACAGUGUUUUUAA